AUGCUCAGAUCCAGAAUACUGUUCAAGCAGGCCAGACGGUUUCAAAGCGACUUCCCAUAUAAGAAAUGGUCAGAUCUUUCGCUUUAUCAGCAGCAGGAUUUUGUCAAAGGAUUUGUUGAAAACUACAAGAAGCAGUACCCUGGCUCCAAGACCAAUGUAUCGCUCAAGGGGUUGUCAAUCGGCAUGAAAGAUCAUGCGGACGCACCAGCAGUGUUUGGAAUAUUUUAUAAUGACGUUUGGAACCUAUGCAAGAAGUCUAAAGAGAAUCUAUAUUCCGGAGCGAAGCAAGCAUUGCAGAGAAAUGAUAUCAAGCAAACGGGCAGAUUCGGACAUGAAAGCUUUUACGACCUGUUGGUCGAGAAUGAGAACUAG